UGUGUGGUCAGUACUAACGUGCGUGUGUGUGUGUCACCUACUUCAGAACUGGUCAGCGUACAUGUUACGUGGAAGCGAACAGGUCUCCGUCUCAGAUGGAUCCCAAAAUGUCGCUGAACAGUAAGACCAGCUUUACCGUGAAAGACAUCUUGGACAUGCCCGAGGCCAAGCGCCAGAGCCCCGACACCGGGUCUUCCCUCACCGGCAACAUGGCCUCCGCCACCUCGGUAGGAAGUGCGUCCCACGCCGGCCAGAUCUCGCAGGGUCCGUCGGCGCUGCCCCCGUACUACGACGCCAGCGAAAACCCGUACAUGAGGUGGCUAGGAAGUGCGGAAGAGAUGCAGUACAAUUCUUUGACACAUAUCGCGUCGUCUCAGAGCAGUCCUGGCUCGUCUACCGGUGCCGACACCCCGAGCACCGCAGACGCCAAGAACACGUCCGACAAGGUCGACUUCGACGACGAAGAGGACGAGGACGACGACGGCUCGACGACGGGGAGCGCGAACGACGGCACGGGGAACAGCAGCUCGCCGGGCGGGCAGGGCGACCAGCCCAAGAAGCGGAAGAGACGAGUGCUGUUCUCCAAGGCGCAGACGUACGAGCUGGAGCGGCGGUUUCGCCAACAACGCUACCUGUCCGCCCCGGAGAGAGAACACCUGGCCCGUCUCAUCCGCCUCACCCCGACUCAGGUGAAAAUCUGGUUCCAGAACCACCGGUACAAGUGCAAGCGUGCGCAGAAGGAAGGACACAUGGACACCGGGCUGAACCCGCUGCCGUCCCCGCGCAGGGUGGCGGUUCCCGUGCUGGUACGGGACGGCAAGCCCUGCCAGCCGACGGUGACGUCUUGUAACGGGUACAUGAAGCCCGUGGACAGUAUGCUGACCGGCAUGAACAUGAACAUGCACCACUCCGCCAUGCAGACCAUGCAACACAUGCAGCAACAAAUGCAGCCGCUUCAGACUAUGCCUUACCAAUACCCCAUCAUGCCCAACUCUUCACUCUCCACAUCGUACGGCACUUGGGCAUGGUGAAACACCAUCAUAAAGAAGAAAAGUUCAAACGCUUCACAAAACUUUUCCAGGGAAAAGUAGACUAACUUUAUGUGACGUUAUAAGAUGAGUUGCAGUAUGUGUAGUCGGCCCAAGAGCUUGUUGCAAUAGACACGAACGAGUUGAACGGCAUCAGAAGAGUCCUCGAAAUAUUUCAUAAUCGUGACUCUCUGUCUCUCAGCGUCCCCCCACAAGUUUGUGUGUGCGGAAAUUCGCGACGACUCGCUGACAAAAAAAGGUACUCUUGAAUGUUUUCUUCGUUUUCAUACCGCAGCAUCUUAUAAGGACAUGGACUAUAGAGUGAGGAGUGGGUCUGUUGUUGGCCACUCGUCCACCUGAGUGGAGAACUCUUGUCAAAACAGAAAACCCUUCAUAACAAUUGUUGAUGUGCCAAGUAAAGAAAAAGUUCCACGUACGUAACAGGUGUACAGUUAUAACAACAGAGAACGGCUUUGGUUAAGGUUCUAAUAAGUAAAUUAUGUGUAUAACUUUAUUUUUUGUCUCUCUUUACGUUUGUGUAUCCUUGUAAAGAAUAUUUCGUGUUGUAAAUUAUGUACAUGGGUUUUUGCGGUUGAUUCUUUGUUUUUCGGGCGAGCCGAGAUGUACGUAAGCCUUUAAGCUGGCCUUAGCACACAAAGGGCUAGGGCUCCGAAUAAUCUAUACCAUUUGAUUCUUUCCUCUAAUUCUAAACAGUUACCUAUCCUUACUGCUUAACGUCUCGUUGGAAUAAAGAGAGAAAUCUUGCUGACUUAAAAAAUACUGUUUGCGGCGUCCUUUUCUCCUCGUUCAAAGCACAGGGCCGCCAGUGUAAACUUUGCCAAGGCAUAUCUCAGAAGACGAGCCCGCAUUCGCACAAAGACUUAAGUAUGGAAGCAAAUUGGUUCUCAAUUGAUCUAUUCAAGCGGUGGCGGGGAAGGACAACCCGGCCCUCCAAAAAUUCCACUUGUGUGUGCCCGUGUCGCGGCCCGGCUUGCAUACGCUGGCGGCCCCCGCUAACUAGCUGGUUCAACAAUCUUGUUUGAGCUUGGUCAAGUUCCCCCAACAAACCGCCCUGCCCCCGAGGAGCAUACACGUGGCGUCCGGUCGCCUUCUACGGCACUUCCCCCUUCUUAAACUCACCGUAAAAUUAAUAUUACAUCACCUUAUUGUCGUGUGCAUGUCCCUGAUAUUAAUGUACCCUAACUCUGACCUCCGGACGGCCACAAUAUGCUUAUUUGCAUUGCGCCGUAGGGCCAUUUCAUGGAAGCUGCCUCAAAGGCCAGGGCUUGUCUUUCUUCCGUAUCCGGUCCUUUUGUGGUUACAUAGACUUGAAAAUACUUGACUUGAAAGGAAGAGAAUAUAUUACAGUCUCCUAAGAAGUAAGAAUCCAUUUACAAAACCUUCCAGUCUCCCAGUCCGCGUCGUUGAGAUUCAAAUUAUAUUCAGUACAAGGUUUUUUUGUCAACGUUUAAGCCUGAGGUUGUUACUUGUGGGAGAACAUUGUUUUGUCUUGCUGCUUUCUAAGAAACCUAAUAUUCAAAACAUAUCGAAAUUACGUAAAAAAUACCUUUGUCCCUGUAUUUGCUUUCGGCAAAAAAGGUGUGAGCCUUUUUUUAGAUACAAUAGGAACACUUGAAUUCGAUAAUUCGAUUUUCCUGUGGGCAAUGUGUACCGUCACACUGAAACUGUGCUGUGUUUUUAAUCGACAUUCGAUACACCAAAAUGUAAAAAAAUGUAUCAAAUAGUCGAAACAUGAGUUUCCCAUUUCAGUUUCUUCUAUCUCUUAGAACUUGAAUGACGAAAAUCUAUUAUCUUCUGGUGUGAAAUAGUUGCAACGGAUAUAAUAUAGCAGCUUACACAGUAUUUUCUCUAAACAAAAUUAUAUCAGCAAUGUAUCAAAACUAGUACUGUGCAAAGUGCCACAAAUGGAUAAUGAAUCCACGCUCUCUCAAAUAGAAAACAUGCUUCCUAUAUGGAGACUUACACGAAGGUUUAGUUCAAUGUCUGCACAUACCGUACUGUGGUUACAUAUGCACAUAUGCACUCUGACUCAGUGACUUUAUGAAUGCCACUAAUGGACCUCUAGAAUAUUCUCCCAUAUGAUACACAAUAAAAGCAAAAAAAAAAGAAACUAUUUGAAGACAG